GGUCUCUGAACACAGACGAAUGACUCUAUUUUGGAUUUUCACGCCGCAUCCCUGCAGACCCUACAUCUCAAUGUGCAUUCGCUUAUAGCUCGUCGCAAGAGUUACGAAAAUAUGGUCUGGUCGCAAUUAAGUCGUUCUUGGCGUCAUGUGGGUCCGUUGACCAAUAAUCUCAAAUCAUGUGGGACGCGAUGCGUUUCCACCUCCGGAUCUGGGACCAGGGGAACGCCUGAGGCUCAAAUGGCAGAUGUUCCUGGAGGCAUCAAUUUCAACAUCACCCAAGAUCAGAAGGAGAUCUUGGAUUUGGCAGAGAAAUUUGCUCGUGAGGAGAUGAUUCCUGUGGCGGCUGAAUACGACAAGACCGGAGCUUAUCCCUGGCCAGUGAUCAAGAAAGCUCACGAGCUUGGUCUAAUGAACCUGCACAUCCCUGAAAAAUACGGAGGUAUGGGUUUGGGAACUUUGGAUGGCUGUUUGGUGACCGAAAAAAUCUCCUACGGCUGCACUGGUAUCGGCACGGCACUUGAAGCCAAUGGCCUAGGUUCCAUGCCAAUCAUGUUGGCAGGGAAUGAGGAACAGAAGAAGAAAUAUCUUACCCGGCUCAUUGAGGAGCCUAUUAUGUGCGCCUAUUGCGUCACCGAGCCCGGUGCGGGCUCCGAUGUGGCAGGUGCCAAGACCAAAGCCGAAAAGAAGGGAGACGAUUGGGUGAUUAAUGGGCAAAAGAUGUGGAUCACCAAUGGCGGUGUUGCCAACUACUAUUUUGUCUUGGCCCGAACCAAUCCUGACCCCAAGGCCUCCGCUUCAAAAGCUUUUACCGGAUUCAUUGUGGAUGCCGACACCCCUGGAGUGAAUCCCGGUCGAAAAGAAAUCAACAUGGGGCAAAGAGCUUCCGAUACUCGAGGUAUCUCGUUUGAGGAUGUGGUCGUUCCCAAGGAGAACGUGUUGAUCGGAGAAGGGGCUGGUUUCAAGGUGGCUAUGGGUGCAUUUGAUAAUACGCGUCCUCCUGUGGCCUCUGGAGCCGUUGGCCUCGCUCAAAGAGCCUUGGACGAAGCCACGAAGUAUGCCGCUGAGAGGAAGACUUUUGGAACCGCCAUCAUGAACCAUCAAGCAGUAGCAUUUAUGCUUGCCGAUAUGGCCAUGGGCAUUGAAUCAGCUCGAUUGUGUUACAUGAAAGCAGCUUGGAUGGCCGAUAAUGGUACCCGCAACACUUACAUGGCCUCUAUUGCGAAGUGCUUGGCGGGAGAUGUGGCCAACAAGUGCGCCACAGAUGCUGUCCAAAUUUUCGGCGGAAACGGCUUUAAUACUGAGUAUCCCGUCGAGAAACUCAUGAGAGACGCUAAAAUUUACCAGAUUUACGAAGGAACCGCUCAAAUUCAACGAAUGAUCAUCUCUCGCGAGUGGUUCAACAAGGCUAAGGAGACCUUGAUUUAAGUUAAUUAACUCUUGACUUUCCUUAUGUAUCCUUGCUACAAGUUUCCAAAUACAUAUUUUACGUAUUUAAAA